GUAAUUCUUCCUCAUCCGCUCUGACACCGGAAGUGACGCUCAAAUGGCGUCCUCCUCUGCCCGGCUGGCUCCACGCUGGCUAACAGCCGCGGUCUCUUCUGGAAACCGCAGCGGUCGUCUCGUCGUCGUCUCCUCCGGACAUGCGGGGCUCUGCUCGGGGACGGUUCCGCCGGCUCUCCGGGCAGGGUCGGCGGUCAGCCCCGGCUCCUGGAGACCCGGACACGGGGUGACAUUGAGGGGAGACACAGGGGUGAGAUUCCCUCAUGUCACCAGCUGCCGAUCCCUCCACACCAGCAGCAGGCUGACAAACAAGCAGGACUUCUACGAGGUGUUGGGUGUUUCCCGUGACGCCUCACAAAAGGACAUUAAAAAGGCGUAUUACCAGUUGGCAAAGAAGUACCACCCGGACACCAACCCGGACGACCCAGGGGCCAAAGAGAAGUUUGCCAAACUGGCUGAAGCCUAUGAGGUGCUGAGCGAUGAGGUGAAGAGGAAGCAGUAUGACACGUACGGAGCGGCGGGAUUCGACCCCAGUCGAGCCGGGGCCAGCCAGCAGCAGUACUACAGAGCCGGGGGGACGAGUAUCGAUCCUGAGGAGCUCUUCAGGAAGAUCUUUGGAGAGUUUACUGGAGGGAUGGGCUUCGGAAAUAUCAACAACAUGUUCGAACAAAGCCCAGAGUUUGUGAUGGAGCUGACGUUCACAGAGGCAGCAAAGGGAGCGAAUAAAGAGCUGAGUGUGAACAUCGACGACUCCUGCACAAGGUGUGAUGGGAAGGGCAGUGAGCCGGGCACCCGAGUGUCACAGUGUCACUACUGCAACGGCACUGGCAUGGAGUCAAUCAACACUGGUCCCUUCCUGAUGCGCAGCACCUGCAGACGCUGCGGUGGGAAGGGAUCCAUCAUCACCACGCCCUGUGCUCUGUGCCGAGGGUCAGGUCAGACUAAGAAGAGGCAGACGGUCACUGUGCCCGUACCUGCUGGUGUGGAAGAUGGUCAGACAGUGCGCAUGUCAGUAGGUAUAAAAGAAAUCCUCAUUACAUUUAGGGUCCAGAGGAGUCCAGUGUUCAGGCGCAAUGGAGCAGACAUACACUCAGACAUGCCCAUUUCUAUAGCUCAAGCCAUCCUGGGGGGCACGGCCAACGCACAGGGCCUCUACCAAACCAUCAGUGUAGUGAUUCCCACCAGUUGUCAGGCCAAUCAGGUGAUCCGGCUGCAGGGGAAAGGUAUUCGGAGGAUGAACAGCUACAGCUACGGAGAUCAUUAUCUUCACAUCAAGAUAAGAGUCCCCAAGAAGCUGACGCGUCGACAGCGCUCUCUGUUGCUUAGUUACGCUGAGGAGGAGACGGACGUGCAGGGAACCGUCAACGGCGUGGAUCUUUCAGCAGGAGGGGGCAGCGGCGCUCCAGGAUCUGGUGCGAAGGCGACCAGUUCAGAGGAGGGACAGGAAGAGCAGAAGGAAGAGGGAGGAUUCUUCUCUAAACUAAAGAAAAUGUUUAGCUGACACUCUGCUGCAGGCAAAAAAAACCCAACGUAGAAAAUGGAAGAAAAGAAAUCCACUGAAUGCUCCUGCACGCCGUCUCCUCCUGUGGGGAUGAAGCGAGGAGGAGUAAGAGAGAGAGAGAGAGGCAUGGGGAUUUUUGUGUUGACACAGUCGCACAUUGUUGAAGCUGCGGUCGGCAAACAGGCCACGUAGAUGUCACGUCCACCCACACACCCACUGAUCCGUCACCACACACAGGUGCUGCACGGACAAAGAAAAGAAACGCGACGGAGACGGACGACUGUUGUGGCGUAACUCUCUUCUUCUAACUCUGCUGACUGAAACUUCCCUGCCCCUCGAGUCACGAGGCGUCAGUCCGUCACUCUCUGUUCAGUGAAACCAGGAAAAUGGCGACAGAAGUUUAUAGUCAGCCAGGACAGUAACAGGCGUUUGCAUGGAUUGUAACAGGACAACAAGCAACGCAUUGUCGGGGUUUGAGGAAGUAAAUUGCACCGUGACGGUUUUAUUAUUUAAUCUGUUACUCUGUUUAUGGGAACCACAGCGUUGUAGAAAACUGAUGUGUAUGAAAUGAAGGUUGUUUGGAAAGUUCCUGAAAAGGUCUGUUAAAUUUUUCUCUCGUUAUAUUACAGCUGAAUUGAUUUUCUAACCCUUAACAGUGAAUCAGCUCAGCGUGAAGUCAGGGGACAUGUUUUCCACAGCGCAGCAGUCGAUUCUGCUGGAGAAUAAUAAUAUUUACAUGGGUUUAUUUAUUAGAAUUUCUUUCCAGUCGUUAAGAUUUUCAUGGUUCUUUGGGAAGAAAAUCAACAAACGACUCUUAUUUAAUGGAGAGUUUAAUUGUUUUGUCCUAAGAAAUUCUCUAUUUCCUCUAAAACUCAAAUCACAUUCCUUUGCCAGUCCCCCGUUUAAUAUAAGAUUUAAAUAAAAUAUAUUUUUAGGAUCUACACCAAAUUUCACACACUCGGACAUCAUUUUUUCAUCUAGAUGAAUUAUUCCCUGACAAACAAAAAUGUUGAGAAAGGCCCAAUCUCAAAUUGUUAAAGACUUUAAUUUAUCUUUCUUGUGUCACGUCCCACCCCUGCACAAUAUUUCAUGGAAGUUGUUUGAGUAGUUCCGUGUAAUUCUGCUAAAUUACAAACGCCCUCCUUGGCGUAUUCAAUCCUUUCUUCAGGAAAUAACAGGAUUUUUAUGUAUCCAGUACAAUAAUCAUGUAUUUCCCAUUUCCCCUCCAUGAAAUUGCUGAAUAAACACAUUGCAGUGCUGCUGACUCUGA